GUCACCAACCACAAAUGAUUCGUUUGGUUCUAGUUUCUCCCUUCAUUGUGAUCUUGGGUUUCUACGAAGCCAAAGGUGCACCAAAUGAACUUUCACUCAAGAAUGACGAGACAAGUCCUCCCUAUCGACCAAUUGAAGGAACAAGUUAUUUGCAAUCUGUUGAUCGUCUUGUGGAACUUUCUAAUGGGUCUGUCCUGUUUGCCCUGAAAUUAUUUGUAAAUCAUCCUGUGGCUGGGGCAAUUGUGAUUGCACGAGCUGUGGCUUACAAAGUAGAAAAAGGUGAGGAAGCUUUCGGUAGCGCAGCACUAAAAACUGUCAGUUACGUAGCAGAAAAAGUUGAGGCAGCUGCCAAAUCCAGAUUCCAAAAUGAGGUAAACUAGGCAUUAUUUUCGUAAAAACAAGCAGAUGAAUUGAAUAGUACCUUUUAGUGGGAAAG